ACACAACCAACCUGGUGUUGCACAGAAGCAUACCCCGCAAUUAUAAUCAUCAGCUUUCGUCACUGUCCAUAUUGUGAUACACUUCAAUGUAUCCUCCAAGGCAUUUGAAAACUUGAUUUAAACCUCGCCGAGGCCUGAAAUAUAACCCAAAGUACUUACAGCCAAACAACAAACCGAGACAAAAUCAACAAUGGCAGCGGCAGUCGCAGCGACAGCCCGCUACAAGCUGGUCUUCUUCACGCCGCCGGCCGCGCUGACGCAGUGCAAAACUGCCGUAUUCGCCGCGGGCGCGGGGCGCUUUCCCGGUCCCGGUAACUAUACCGAGUGCUGCUGGACCGUCAUGGGUACGGGCCAGUUUCGGCCGGGCGACACGGCGAACCCCAACAUGGGCAGCGUGGGCCAGCUGGAACAGAUUGAGGAGGCGCGGGUCGAGGUCCUCUGCGUCGGCGAGAGUGUUGCGAGAAAGGCUGUGGAGGAGUUGAAGAAGGCUCAUCCGUUUGAGGAGCCAGCUUAUGAGGUUUACAAGAUGGAGGACUUUUAAACAUGAAGAAUAAGAUUCUGUCUAGUCAAAUGAAACCGACUUCUAGAACCAGAUGUUCGAACGAGAGAUUUUGUGAGAUAGCUCUUUGCAGGUCUUCAACUAGUUCUAGGCUUACACCUUCUGUGGAGAUACUAUUAGGAACCUUGUUAAUUUCUAGAUUCAGAGGCUCAAAGGCGACAAUAAUAUGUGGGCUUUAUAGAGGAUGAAUGAAGUCUAUUAGAUAACG